ACGAGCUGCAGGCCGUGCGGCGGCGUCACGACCAGCUGCAGGAGCAGCACCAGCAGCAGACUCAGACCCUGGAGCAGCUGGAGCAGGAGGUGACCCGGCACAGCCACCAGCUGGCUAUGAGGGAGAAACAAUGCAUAGCCUUACAAGAAGAAAGGGACGUAUUGUCCACCGAGCUGCAAGAGGCGUACGUGGCGAAAGAUGACCUCGUCCGCAAGGCGUGGGAGGCGCGGGACCAGGCCGUCCGCAGGAAGAGCGCCGCUGAGCUCGAGCUGGCUAAGGCGCGCAUCGACGUGCUACAGACCAACUCGCAGCUUCUCGAGUCAAUUCAGCACAAGGUGCGCCUCUCCUGCCAGCUGGACCAGUGGCAGUCGGACAUGCAGGAACUUCUCGACGCAGAGAUUCAGAAGAAACUCAGUCGCACCGAACGGAAAUCCAGCACCGAUCCCAGUACAACGUCCGCACCGCCGCCCAGGGGACGCAUAUCGAUCAUGCGUCUCUUCGGUCGAUCGUAGCGCCGCGCGGCGACGUUUCACUAAGUUAUCGUUGUUUUCUGUUCGGCUAGAUGGCCAUGCCGCAAGCCGCGUAACCACAUUGGCGUGGGCCCAACGACUGGUGGUAUCUGUGAUAUAGUGAUGGGAGAUCUGAUAUAAUGGACAAGUGAGCUGCACACUUUCAAAUAUAAUCAAUGAACUACC